GUGAAGUGAUCGAUUGAUUGUGAUUAUCAAAGGAGCCGCUUCGACAGUUUGUGAUCAUUUACUCGUCUAAAUGGUGGAUUACUAUAGUUGCAAGAUGUCGGGAAGCGACGAAGAAUUCGAGCCCCAGAUACAAACGGGGAUGACGAAGGCCGAAUUACGAAGAAGCAAUAAGCCGAUCAUGGAAAAGAGACGGAGAGCACGAAUUAACCAGUGUCUGGACGAAUUAAAAAGUUUAAUACUGGAGGCGAUGAAAAAAGACCCGACGAGGCACUCCAAGCUCGAGAAGGCCGACAUCCUGGAGAUGACCGUAAAGCACCUUCAGCAGAUUCAACGCCAGCAGUUGAGCACCGCCGUCGCUACCGAUCCGGCGGUACUAACGAAAUUUCGCUCGGGAUUCUCCGAGUGCGCCAGCGAAGUGUCGCGCUACGUGAAUCACCUGGAGAACGUCGACCCUACGGUCAAGCAACGACUCGUCUCUCAUCUCAACAAUUGCGUCUCAAAUCUCCAGCAAGUCUCACCCUUCUACAAUCACUACGUGCCUUACAUGCCCGAACGACUCUACCCCGAGGUCAAGGUCGGCUUCCAGACCGACGCACAGAGCGGCGACGAGAACAAUAAUGGGAGCGCCCGCAUUCAGAUACCCAGCAAUGUGCAGCUCAUACCCAGCCGAUUGCCAAGUGGCGAGUUCGCCCUCCUUGUGCCGCCGUCCGCGGGUAUCGGCGCCAACUUUCCCUUCUUUCCACCGGGUGCCGAGGCGGGCGCGAGGCUCGGCCAGCCGUCGGCCUUCACCGCUGUCCAACGCACCCAUAGUCCGCUUCUGAGCCCCUCCACCUCGACCUCGAGCUUCGAAGAGGGUCAUCACUCGGAGCUCUACCCGACUUCCCUCUCGCCGCCGCAGUCGCGCUUCAAGAUGCCGGAGCACCAGCAACAACAGCAGCAGCAAGUGGGCAAUAAGGGUCUCUCCUCGCCCGACACCCAGAGGCCCCAGAUUAGCUCGAGCAGCGAUCGCAGCUCGCCGAGCGGCCUCGAGCUGAAGAUCGAGACCUGCCCCACGUCCUCGAAGCGAGAGCUCCCGGAAUCGAGCUCACGGCAGCCCCUCUCCGUCAUCACCGACAAAUACAACCGGAGUCUCGGGCUGCCGAGGCGCGAGGGUGCGCUUAAGAGGCACCACUCCGACGGACUCCUCGCCGUCGCCGAGAAGAGGCCCCGCAAUUGCCAGGAGGCAGCCCCCUCGGUCGCCUCGACCAGCGGCUGCUCCAGUCCCGUGCUCAGGGUCAAGGAGGAGUUCGCCCACUCGACGGAGGAUCUCAGCGAGGGUGCGACCUCCGUCAUUGCCGGGGAUGCCACGACGACCGGGAACGGCGACAUGUGGCGGCCCUGGUGACUCUUGACCCACGAGAGAUCCAAGACUCGCGCCGAUGACGUCCAGCCUCCUUGCAAUAUGAGCCCGCUGAAGAUCCACCACGAUCUUCAUCCCCGGGCCGAUCGACGUCCUGUGUGCCUUAGCC